AUGAGUAUUAGUAGCAACAGCAAUAAGGGGACAAUAGAUUUCUCAACAUUAUUUAGAUUUAUUACAAAGUCUGAUAAGUUCAUGUUAGUUAUAGGUACAACUGCAGCUAUAAUUACAGGAGCAGUGGUACCAGUAUAAUCGAUAUUGAUUGGUGAAUUGAGCUAAACAUUCAAGUUUUCCGACUAACCUGCAGAGCUUAACUAAAUGUUGAGACAAAUAUGCAUUUACUUUACUAUUUACGCAUUUGGAACAUGGGGGUUUGCUUACAUCUACUUUUCAUUUUGGUAGCUUGUGGCAGAGAACAUAACAUAUGAUUUAAGAUUAAGAUAUUUAAAACACUUACUCUAGCAAGAAUUUGAAUAUUUUGAAAAUAUCAAUGUUGAAUAAUUGCCAUCUCAGAUGGGUGAAAAUUUCUCAAUAAUUUAAUAAUCCAUUGGUUAAAAGCUUGCAGCUAUUAUAUUUGCAAUCACUAAUUUCAUUAGCGCAAUAACUAUAGCAUUUGCAAGAGGUGCAGAUUUAGCUGCUAUAUAUUUUGCAAUAUUUCCGGUGGUAAUGGGUAUAAUCAUGAUGUUCGGAGCUUAAGUGAAAAAAGCAUCAAUAAAUAAGGGCAGAGCAAUUUCAACCCUUGGUGGUCUUGUUGAAGAGAAUCUUCAAGCUAUUAAAGUCAUACUGUCAUUUGCUCAAGAAGAAAGAGAGAUUGAAAAGUUUAAUAUAUUAGCAGACAAGGUUAAAAAAGUUUCAAAUUAGUCAGAAUUUUGGGGUGCAGCCUUUUUGGGUUUACUCAGGUUCUCCUUGUAUUGUUUUUAUUCUUUUAACUACUGGAUUGGCACAGUCUACAUUUACUAUAAUAUGAAUAAUCCUAAUACUGGAAAUGCAUAUACUGUUGGUGAAAUAAUGACAAUCAACUUUUGUGUGAUAACUUGCACUUCAAUGAUUUUUCAAUUUAGUCCAAAUAUUCAAGGUAUUGUUUAAUCAAAAAUGGUUGGUAAAUAACUAUUUGAUCUCAUUGAUAGAAUACCUACAAUUCGUAAUAAUGAAAGCAGCGAGUAAUCAUUAGUUUUGGAGCAGGCUAUUAGAUUUGAAAAUGUGACAUUCAAAUAUCCGAAAGGCUUGCAAGAUAUUUUCAAGAACCAAUCAUUGCAUAUCAAAGCAAAUACUUCAACAGCUUUAGUUGGAGAAUCAGGCUCUGGUAAGAGUACAGUGAUUCAAUUAAUUUAAAGAUUUUAUGAUUCACAGGAAGGAAGCAUAUAUUUUGACAAUGUUCAUAUUAGAGAUAUCUCUUUAGAGGUUCUAAGAGAAUCAAUAGGAUAUGUCUAGUAAGAACCAGUUCUUAUAAUGGGAACAAUAAGAGAAAAUAUCUUAUUGGGUAAUUAAGAUGCCAAUGAAUAAGAUAUUGAAAGAGCCUUAACCUUGGCAAAUGCCACAUUUGUAUACAGUCUUGAAAAAAAACUUGAUACCCAUGUGGGAACAUCUUCUUUGCUUAAUCUUUCUGGAGGUUAAAAACAAAGAAUAUGCAUAGCAAGAGCUCUCCUUAAAAGCCCAAAGAUUUUGAUUCUCGAUGAAGCAACUAGUGCAUUAGAUCCAAGAAGUGAAAAAGAUGUCCAGUAAGCUCUUGAAAACAUUCAGAAUUAAGAAAAAAAUCUAACAACUAUCAUAAUUGCUCAUAGAUUAUAAACUAUUUAAUCUGCAGAAAAUCUUAUCUAUUUUGAGGAUAAUAAAAAUGUUAAUGCUGCAUCCAAAGGUACAGUUAAGUAUGAUGAAAUAAUCAAGGCAAUAAACUUGAAAAAUAAGGAAUUAGAUGAAAACUUUGCUCAGGAUAAAAGAUAGGAUUAUUAAAAAUAAAAGUCAGAAAUUGAAUUAAUGGAUGUAUAAAGAUUAGGUGAUCAUGAUUUUGAGAGUAUGGAUACAGAUAAAGAUUUUGAAAUGGAUUCUAUGUGUGAGUAAGAUAAUUUACUUGGUGGUUUUGAAUAACAAGUAGAAAAUAAGACUCUUGAAAAAACCUCUUAAAAGUAGUAUGGUCUCAGAGAAGUCAUGAAAUACUAUGGCCCUAAAAGACUUGUAGCAUUAUCUUUCAUUAGCACCUUCUUUGGUGCUUUUGGAUUUCCAUUAAGUGGAAUGAUAUUUGCAAAAAUAUUUACAAUUAUGCUGUAGCCUGAAUCUUCUACUUACAUUGAAGAUAGAAACUUCUGGUGCUCACUAUAUACAGUUUUGGCGUUUUUAAUUGGAAUUUUUGAAUUUUUGAAUAAAAGGAAUGGAAAAGUCCUCAAUGAAAAUCUCAUUUACAAUAUAAGAACUAAGCUUUAUUAGAGCAUUCUAAGGAAGAAUUUAGGGUGGUUUGAUCAUUAAGAAAGAGCUCCUGGUGUUUUAAGUAAUUUAUUUUCCGAGGAAGUUAACUAUCUUAAUGGCCUAACUAGUGAAUUCUACUAUAGCAUUUUAGAUGCAUCUAUGUGUAUGAUAAUAGGAUGCUGCAUAUCUUUUUACUUCAACUGGAGAAUAGCAUUAGUCUGUCUUGUUACUUGCCCCGUAAUGUUGUUCACAGGUUUCACUUAGCAAAUUAUAGUCCAUUUAAGUGCUUAAAAUUCAAAUAAAUAAGGAAGUAAACAGAUAAACAUAAAAGAUCCUUAUAACUAAGCCAAUGCCUUACUUUCUGAUGUGAUUCUAAAUUACAAAACAAUAAUAAGUUUUGGGCCUAAAAAUAUAGAUUAUCUAAUUAAGAUCUAUGGUGACUUACUGCUACAUCCUUAUAAAAUCGGAGUGAGAAACGCUCACAUUUCAGGUUUACUUAAUGGAUAUGCCACUUCUGCCAGAUACCUUUAUAUAUCAUUCAUAUUCUAUAUGACUGGUAUCUUCAUUGAGCAAUACAAUUACAACAAAUUUGAUUUGUUUAUUGCUAAUUAUACGGUAUAUUUGGCAUCUUUUGCAGCAGGAUUCGCUCUCUCUUAAUUACCAUCACUAUCAAAAGCCAAAUAAGCUGCUAAUAAAAUUUUUGGAAUCAUAAAUGAGAAUUCAGAAAAUGAAGAUAAGCAUCAGGCAUGUAAUUUUCUGAUUUAGCAAGGGAAAAUAGAAUUCAGGGAUGUCAAAUUUUAGUAUCCCUCAAGAAAUGAAAAAGUAUUGAGAAAACUUAGCUUUAAGGUGCCUGAAGGAAAGAAGAUAGCAAUAGUUGGUAGAUCAGGAAGCGGUAAGAGCACUAUAGCUAAUCUUUUGCUGAAAAUGUAUGACUUUUAGGAUGGCCAAAUUUUGAUUGAUGGAGUAGAUAUAAAAACUAUAGAUACUAAAAAUCUAAGAACUUAACUUGGAUAUGUUAUGCAAGAACCUAUUUUAUUUAACCUGAGUAUCAAGGAAAACAUUCAAUAUGGUAAAUAAGAAGCCACAAAUUAGGAAAUUUUAGAAGUUGCAAAUUAAGCAAAUGCUCUACAAUUCAUUGAAAAAAUUCAAGAUGAUAAUCUAGAGAUAACAAAACUUCCAAUCAAUGAAAAUAUUAUGAGUGAUUAAGAGGAAAAGAGUUUAAUGGUGUAACUUCACCCUGGAUUUGAUAAGAUAUGCGGCCUAAAAGGUUCAACGCUUUCAGGAGGUUAGAAAUAAAGAAUAGCUAUUGCAAGAGCUUUGAUUAAGAAUCCUAAAAUUCUAAUUCUUGAUGAAGCUACCUCUGCUCUUGAUGAAUAAUCUUAGGAAAUUGUAUAAUAGGCUCUUGACAAAACAAUGGAGGGAAAAACUAGUAUAGUGAUUGCUCAUAGAUUAAGCACAAUUAAAAAUUGUGAUUGGAUAUUAGUUAUUCACAAGGGUAAAGUUGUUGAAUAAGGCACAUUCAAAGAACUUGGAGACAAUAAGCAAACUUAUUUUUAUAAGCUGAAAUCAGGAAUGGAAAUGUGA